AUGGACCCGGGCCUUGGUUCGAGGUACUUGGGGCUUCCAUCUCUUGGGAGUCAAACGUCGUCACCGCACGAGGAAGUCUCGAGGGUUCGAAUGGAUGGGAUCUACCGAGGCAGGCUUACUCUCCGGUGGCUCUCUAAGAAAAGGUCCGAGACAGAGGGUUAUCAAUUUGAGGAUCUUAUUGGAAGUAUUUCUAACAAGUGGAAUGGUUUGUCAAACAAUGAAACUAAUGGUGAUUAUGCAUCGUCAUUUGAAAAAAUUCGAUUGUAUGCGGAGGUAGCAAAGGAGAAAAAUCCUGGUAGUGUUGUGGACGGAAGAUCUAAGGGAUAUUUGCUCGCAGCCAUUGGGAAGGAUGAUGAUAACGAUAUAGAGGCUAUUUUUGUUAAGAUACCAUUAUCUAUUGGCUUAUUUUCGGUUGCUUAUGGUGUUGUUGAUUCUGAGACUGAUGAUAAUUGGCUUUGGUUUUUGUUAAAGUUGAGAUCUAUUAUGUCAGCUCGUGAACUUACUUUUAUAACAGAUCGCCAUACUAGUCUUCAUUUGAAGGGUAGCUUGAGGGAUAUGACGUCAGGACGAGUUCCAAAUGGUUUUCGAGAACGAGUAGUGAAUCUCUUCAAUGAUUGUGCUCUAGCACCUACAGUAUUAGAUUUUGAAAAUUGUGUAAAUGAAUUGUUUGAGGUCGGUGGAGAUAGAGCUAAAGAGUUUGUUGCUUCUAUUCCGUUGUAUCAUUGGGCAAAUGCAUAUUUCCGAGGUAAACGAUAUGGGGAAAUGACCUCAAAUGCUAUAGAGUCUUUCAACAACUGGAUUCUUGAAGCUUAA